CACUCCUCAUCCCUUGGAGUGCCAGCCGCCCAGUUUAUGCUAUUACUCCUGCUGACAGGACCGACCUGAUCACAAGCCCAUCUAGAGAUCUCAUCUUUAUUCUUACCCGUCAUUGUAUCCUUAAAUCCAAGUAGCCUUUGCCCCUGAAAUACGCAGGGCUCACAAGCCUCCUCUUUUCUAGCCCCCCCUUUUCUUUCGUUGUAUUCAUCACAAACCCGCGCCCCGGCAACAGCCAUGUCUGGCUCAGUCAUAUCCCUCGAGUACAGAGGCCGCCUGGCCAUAAUCACGAUCGACAAUGAGAAGAAGCUCAACGCGCUGAACCAGCAGGGCUACUACGACCUGUCGCAGCGGCUGCGCGAGGUCGCCACCCACGAUGAGGUCUACAUUACCCUGCUGACGGCAAAGGGCCGCUACUUUUCAGCCGGCGCCGACGUCUCUCUCUUCCCCGCCGCCGCCGCCCCCAAGCCGGGCCAGACGCGCGAUGAGGCCGACGAGGUGCGCCGGGAGUGGCUCACGACCUUUGUGGCCUUCAACCUCAACGUCACCCAGGCCUUCUUCACGCACCCCAAGGUGCUCGUGGUCGGGCUCAACGGCCCCGUCGUGGGCCUGUCGGCCGCGCUCGUCGCCUUUGCCGACUUCAUCUACUGCACGCCGUCCGCCUUCCUGCUCACCCCCUUCUCGUCCCUGGGCCUCGUGACCGAGGGCGGCGCAUCCCACGCGCUCGUGCAGCGCCUGGGCGUGUCGCGCGCCAACGAGGCCCUCAUCAUGAGCCGCCGCAUCCCGGCCGCGGAGCUGCUGGCGUCCGGGUUCGUCAACAAGGUGUUUGAGGGCUGCGAAGGCGACGGCGGCGACGCAAAGUUUCGGGAAAAGGUGCUCGCCGAGAUCGACUCCUCGUUCGGCGAGCACCUGGUCGGCGACAGCCUCGUCGGCAUCAAGGCCCUCAUCCGCCGUCCGCACAUGGACGUGCUCGAGCGCCAGAACGCGGCAGAGGUGUUUGCCGGCCUCGAGCGCUUCGUUAGCGGCGUGCCGCAGAAGGAGUUCGCGAAGAUCGCGUCGGGGCAGAAGCGGCACAAGCUGUGAGCUCUUGUUGCGGAUCGGUGGCGAGAGAAGAGAAAAUAUAAACAGUAUACAUAUACAUGGACAAUGUAGCCCAGGACGGAGGCCGCCAAAGGCAUAUGAAUACGGGCUUUGAUGAGAUAGGCCAGAGGAUAGAAUGCGGGCGGUAGAGCCGUGUAUUAUGCGCGCAGAAGCAGGCAGUAGACAGCGAGUGUCUAGACGGCCAUGUCGCAGAACGGCGGCGGGCUUUGGGAUUAUGAUUUGGUUUUUUUUUAACAUGUUUAUUUCAAUAUUUUCAUGUCCUCAUCUAUAUCAUCAUAGCCCAUCCUCUUCUAGUCUCUAUACUAUCAUAAUCUCCCCGGUCAUGCCAGCAGCCCAAACAACAGG